UGGCCCUGCUGAUGGCUGUCCUUUCCUUCCCCCGUCCAGGUUGUGUUUCUCCCCUACGUGCCGGAGCCUGGAAGCUUGUGCCGGCUGCAAGAAUACUACGACACAAGGGUCCAGAUGUGCUGCAGCAAGUGUCCACCUGGCCACCGCGUGCAAUCCUUAUGCAACAAGACCACAGACACAGUGUGUGAACCCUGCGAGAAGAGCACAUACACCCAGCUCUGGAACUUGGUUCCCGCGUGCUUUAGUUGUAACUCCCGCUGCAGCUCCGACCAGACAGAAACUCAAGCCUGCACUCCAAAACAGAACCGCAUCUGCACCUGCAAACCGGGCUGGUACUGCACACUGGGGAGGCAGGAGGGGUGCCGGCUGUGCGUGCCACUGCGCAAAUGUGGCCCUGGCUUCGGCGUGGCCAAACCGGGAACGGCAACAUCAGAUGUCCUGUGUGCUCCCUGUGCCCCGGGGACAUUCUCCAACACCACAUCGUCCACAGAUACUUGCAGGCCCCACCAGAUCUGUAGCUCGGUAGUCAUCCCCGGCACCGCAAGGAUGGAUGCUGUCUGCACGUCUGUGCUCCCUACCCAGAAAGUGGUCCCCGGCCCAGCCCCCACGAGAUCCCAACAUGUGGAGCCGACUCCAGGGACCAGCACAGCCCCAAGUACCUCCAUCCCACUCCCGAUGGUCCCAAGUCAUCCAAGUUCCCCAGUUGAAGGGCAGAACGCCGGGAACAUCUCUCUUCCAAUUGGACUGAUUGUGGGUGUGACAGCCUUGGGUGUGCUAAUAUUAGUCGUCGUGAACUGUGUCAUCAUGACCCAGAAGAAAAAGAAGCCCUUCUGCCUGCAAGGAGACGCCAAGGUGCCACACCUGCCCGCAGACAAGGCCCGAGGUGCCCCAGGCCCCGAGCAGCAGCACCUGCUGACCACGGCGCCAAGCUCCAGCAGCAGCUCCCUGGAGAGCUCGGCCAGCGCCACGGACCGGAGGGCGCCCACCAGGUCCCAGCUGCAGGCGCCGGGUGCAGAGACGGCCGGCGGGGCUGGGGAGGCCCAGGCUGGCUCCUGCAGCUCAGAGCCAUCCUCUGGCGGCCACGGAACCCAGGUCAAUGUCACCUGCAUUGUCAAUGUUUGCAGCAGCUCGGACCAUGGCUUUCAAUGCCCUUCCCAGGCCAGCUCCACAACAGGAGACACAGACACCAGCCCCUCGGGCUCCCCGAAAGAUGAGCAGGUCCCCUUCUCCAAGGAGGAAUGCCCUCUUCAGUCCCAGCCGGGAGUUCCAGAGACUCUGCUGCAGAGCCCAGAGGAGAAGCCCCUGCCCCUCGGCGUGCCUGAUGCCGGGAUGAAGUCCAGUUAACCAGGCUGGUGUGGGCUGUCUCACAGCCAAUCUGGGCUGAUCCCUGGUCCCUCUAGGCCCCUCACCUCCAGGACUCUGGCUCUUUCUGGGCCGAAUUCCUUUUGUGGUUUCCACAGCCUCAGCCUUCCUGUCACCUGCAGGCAGAAGAAUGAGGCUGGGAGAGUCAUGUGUGUCUUGUCCUGACGUGCGUCUUUCUUGGAAGGCUGGUGGACACAGAUGUGCCGGGCAGCCCGGGGCAAGCCCCUGCCUCUCUGAGAGCUGCCCCAUCGCCGGCCCUGUCGGCUUGGCUUCUGGAGCCCUUGUUUUUUUGUUUUUGGGUUUUUUUGUUUGUUUGUUUAUUUGAACCCUUGGGCUCUACCUGGCUCUGGCUUCCUGCUUGGGAGGGGGGAUGCUGUGUGCGUCAUUCGUGGAGAAGGGGCGGGGCUUUAGCCUGAAUGUGAGGCUGCAGGAUGGUGGUGGGGGGGGAGCGGUGUGUCAUCAAUCAGAUGGUUCUGUGCAGAGAGCGGGUAGCAACCCCUGCAGGAGAUGGGGGUCCCUCAGUUUUGCUCAGGACCCUUUGGAAACACCACCUCCAGAUCCAUUCCUGCUGCCUCCAUCUCUUAUACCAUGGGGUGAAAACCAGAUGCCCAGAGGGCCUGGGCAGACAGCCUGAAUGAGUGCUGUGGCCUGGUUAAGAUGGCAAACCUCUAACCAGAAACCUUCCAGCUUUAACGUGUGGCAAUUAAAAAAAAAGUAAGCAUCGUGCGGACAAACAAGCCAACAAUGUAACAAAGCCAAACUUUCAGAGUUUGCAUCCUCUGCCUUUGACCUUCACUGUGAUUUACCCACAGCUGCAGCCUACCCUCCCCCCACCACUGUCUGGUGUGGGGUUCCAAGGCCACGCCUUUUCCUAUCAGGGAGUUGCAGGAACUGGAGAUGACUGAGGCCCUGCAGCCGUCUCCUCCUACCUCAGCCUGGACCUUCCUCCUUUGCCUCCCGAGGGGAUGCUCCUGUUUCUCUAGCCCCACUGUUCCUGGAGUCCCAGGUCCCGGUGGAGCCUCGGAACCACUUUAGCACUGUGCCUGCCGAGAUCUUGAAUGGACAGGAGAUGCUGAGAGCCAGUCUUGGGUCUGCGUGUCUGUGUCGCGUGUUGUGGUUCUGUGUAGCCCAUGGUGUUCAGGCCUGCCGGAAGCAGCUGAAGCCAACAUGUUUGCCGAGAGAUUCUUCCCAAUUAAGGAGUCAGCCCGCUCCCCACGAUCACAUGCCCAGGCCAUCCCUGCAGGUGGUGGACAAAUGUGGCCUUAACUGGAUUCUAGAAGGAAGGUGGAUGGGGGCCUCCUUGAGAAGACAUUUGGGUCCCAGAUACUUGGAUCCCUUAUUGAAAAGUUCCACUGGACUUGAACUUGGCAGCUGAACUUUUGGAGGGUAGGAGAAGUCCAGCCAUUAUCAUGAAGUGAAGAAAGGUUUCCCACCCUGGAAUCCAGAUGUCUCGCUGCCUGGACUGGCCAGGGUCUCCGGCCACAUUGGACCCUUUACGGCUGUGGAGCACUUCUGCCCCCUGGUGGAGGACCUCAGCCUCCCUGCCAUCACCCCAGCAGAGCAGGGAUGAAUUGGAAGGAGACGCUUUUGGGGUGUGGCCUUAUUUUGUAACCAGAGUUGCCACCAGACUCUUGCUCAAAAUCCACCAACCCCUCCUUGGAACAGGAACGAACAUAUAUCUUUAAAUCACAGGGUCUGGACACAAAGAAAGAAAGCAAUAGGAAGAGAAAAACAAAAACUGGAUGGAACCAGCUGAAACCAACAUGGCGAUGAAUCUGACCUCCAACAGACUGAGUCUUAUUCUACGCAGAUUUUACUACAUUAGCUACUAAAUGACAUACUUAUUGGUGGCCAUGACUGGAAAUCACUGACCAUAAAAGGAUAGAAAAAGAGUGACACCCCCUUUCCAGGAAAGCCCUGGGUCUUUCCCAGAAAACUAACGCAGAUGGCUCCCCAUCAUUAGUCUCACUCCUCCCCCAUCAUUCAUCCUUACUCCUUAAAAGCAAGUCCCUCUUACCGUUAAGGCCAGAAGUUGAUCUAUGAAUUAAGUCCCGUGUGUCCAUACUCUGGUCAUUGAAUUAAGCUUGCACUGCUUUGAUCUCAGCUUCGGUUUUGUUUUCGGUUGCCUGAACCUGAGUGGGAAAAAGAACCUUCUCCGCCAAGGGCCCAAGUCGGGGUUCAUGCAGCCUAAUUCAGUAACAGUUUCCCAGUCUGUGGGCUUGUGUUGGUCCCAAGACAAGAAGAGUUUGCACUGUAUGUAUCCCAGAUAGCAUUCCUGCUUAUAAAUAAACACUUUGUUUUUUUACACACUGACUACUGGCUCUGUCAUCAGGUCUGAGUUGUGGUAUGCCUGUGGUCCUGGUCCCUGCCACCAGUGUGAGGGGGAGAACGGGCCAUGGCCACUGAAUUCUGACAAGCCCAUGGUGUGGCUGGACCCCAGAAGCACCCGCAUUACAGCUGCCCUUGCUGAGAGCCUGACCACUCCCUCAGGCCUGUGAACAGUAGGAAGGUGGGUUUUUGCCCAGAACCACCCAGCUGACCUCCAGAUACGCCCUCAUCACAUGCCCUGUUGCCUCGGUCUCCUUAGCUGAAGCUUGGGGUGGGAGUGGUCUCUGCAGAUCUGUUCCUUCAUGUGCAGCCCCCUUCUCAUUCAGGGAAGCAAGACUCUGGCCUCCAGGAGGCCCCAAUCUUGGGGACACCUCUGAGGUUCAUCACUAGGUGCUCAGAUUACAAUCAGAUAAGGUAAGGGGUCCCCAGGGAAAAUAAAAUCAGGCAUGGCUUUCUUGACAGAAGAAAAGCCGUUUUUGGCCUGAGCCAUUUUGUGAUCUAAGCCUGGCCACAAUGCGUGGCCUUGAACAGGUAUCGGUAUUUAAUGAUCUUAAGGGAACAAAAGGAUGCAGAAACAAAGACUGUUAUCAGGCAAGAGAAGUAAGGAUAGCAAAGAUAAUACGUCAGUUGUAAAGGCUCCCAGUUCUGUUUCAGUGGUAAAGGUUAGCAUGAAGCUGUCAACCAUCAGAUCAGCUGGAACCUAAAGGGUGAUGAUGUUCGAUUUUUCUGACCCUCGUGACUUCAGUCAACUAAAGCUUGGACUCUUUCCGCAAUCCAAGCUCCUUCAUGAGUAUGCAUGUACCCUUAGUUCAAAACUUCCCUAAUUUUGCUGUUUGGGGAGACACUGCUUUGGAAAUGAUCCCCUGAGUUCUCCUUACGCGCUGCAAGUAAUAAUAAAUCAUUUCUUCUCC